AUGGCGAGUGUCGCCGCCGCACCCGCAGGUACCGGCACCUCCGCCUCGCAUCCUUACACGUGCAACACGUGCCAAGUUGCCUACCGCAACAUCGACCUCCAAAAGGGUCAUAUGAAAAGCGACUGGCACCGAUACAACUUGAAACGUCGCGUUGCCUCCCUGCCUCCCAUCUCUUCCGAAGUCUUCACCGAAAAGGUCCUCCAGGCUCGUGCUACAUCUAGUGCAGAAGCUGAGAAGGCCUACUUCGAGGCAAAAUGCGAACCUUGCAACAAGACUUACUACAGCGAAAACGCCUAUCAAAAUCACUUGCUCAGCCAAAAGCACAAAACCAACGAGGCAGCUGCUGGUGGUCCACGACGCAGACAAGAUGACGAGGCCACUUCUGUAAUCAGCUCUACCUUUUCUCUGGGUGAACCUACCUCGGUACCCAAGGAUGAGCUUGAUACCGAUGCCGAAGACGAGUUCAACCAGGUUAUCGAAAGCCUGCAGAAUGCCAAAGUUUCUGCCGAGCAACGUCCUUCGCCAGUUAGCAGGCCCUCCAACCCCAAGCCCACUGUUCCUGGCGCCAACAAAAAUGGCGACGGUGAGGAAGACUCAGAGUCGACAACACCUUCACACUCCGUGGCCGAGCCUACUUGGACCUUGAACUCGUGCAUCUUCUGCAACUUCGAGUCUCCUUCCCUGCCGCUAAGUGUUCAACAUAUGGAACGUUUCCACGGCAUGUUCGUUCCCGAGCGGCCGUAUUUGGUUGAUUUGCAAGGUCUUAUCAAGCAACUCCAGCGCAAGGUCAGUGAAUAUCACGAGUGCCUAGGCUGCGGUAAAGUCAAGUCGACAGUGUUUGGCGUACAAACGCACAUGCGUGACAAGGGUCACUGCAAGAUCCCCUUCAGCACCGAAGAUGAGCAACUUGCCAUUGGCGACUUUUACGAUUUCCGAAGCACGUAUUCUGAUGACGAAGAGGAGGGUGAAGAUGACGGCUCAGACACCGAGGAAGAGAGGCGCGGCGGCGCCAAGCUUGGCUCAAGAAGAAAGGCCAGACUUGUUGGUGAGGAUGGAGAAGAGCUCGACGGCGAGGAGGAUGGAGAGGGGUGGGAAACAGAUAGCUCUGCAUCCUCGCUUGACUCGGCGGAUCUCACUGCAGUCCCUGCCGAGGGUCACAUUCAUCAGUAUGAACGUCUUAAAAAACAUCCCCACCAUUCAAGUCGAGAUCCUCGGAAUCACCACCAGGCAGACGGAUGGCAUUCGCGAGCACACAAGCAUACCCAUGCUGCAUUCUAUGACGACUACGAGCUGCAUCUUCCUUCCGGCAAGUCUGUUGGCCACCGGUCACUGAACAAGUACUUCCGGCAGAAUCUCAACAACUACCCCACGCCUGAAGAGCGAGCCGAGCGCCUUGCUAUUGAGGGCCCCGAGUCUGGGGAGGAGAGCCAUAAGAAGGAUCGUAGCAUCAUCCUUCGCAACGGCCAGCGAUACAAGAGGGAUGUUGUGCCACGAGGAACGGUAGGCUUGGCCAACGUGUCGGACGAGAAGAGGCGGGCGGUGCGCAAGUCGGAACACCGUGGGCGAGACUUGGAGCAAUUCACCACCAAGAGGACGGAUUGGAUGUAUGGCAAGAGAAACAACAAUCAGAAGCAUUACUACUACCGCUUCGAUGGCGGUGGUUAG